AUGUCUAGCUCUUCCAAGCGAAUACGUUACAAGGAAUGGAAAUGCACAUUUCCGGGAUGUACGGAAGGUCCGAAAACGAAAUACAACGCGGUUUCUCACGUCUGGGACGCCCACUUGAAGUUUUUAUAUGCAGACCUUCAAGGCACUGCAUACAAAAACCUUCCCGAGCAAAAACGAAAAGAAGCGAAAAAGGCAUGUAUGUCGUAUAUAGCAUUUGUCACAGACACGGUCAACCAACGAAAACGAAAACCAUACAAAACGGGCAAACGGUCGAAUGACACGGAUGACGAAUGCGAAUCCACGUCACCGCCCAAAGUCGAUAGUUUGACACCCGACAAUCUCCAAUAUACAGAAAAAUGUUAUUUGCCCGCCGAAAAUGUUAUUCCAUCGCAAAUGUCCCAACCGGUUGUCGCCGUGUGUCGGGACGAUUUUUUGACGAUUCAAAAAGUGAAUGCAAACAUCAAACGGUUAUGUGUAGCUGGGACGAUGAUGAGUGAAGGGGGCUAUUUACAACGGAGUGAUGAACGGUAUAAAACGGAGAUUGUGCGAAUUCAAAGUGCUUUAGAAAACAUUAGAAAAAUUGUUGGGUAUUCCUAUUAUUAUAAGACUGACCUUUCGACCCAAAAAUACGGGUUUUUGGCGCAAAAUUUACAAGAGAUUUACCCUGAAGCAGUCAAAGUUCUUCCUGAUGGAAUUUUAAGUGUUGAUAUGGUAGCUUUACUUCCUUAUAUUAUAACGUCAAUGAAAGAAAUUUACACGGAAUUUCAACAUCUCCAUAAGAUUGAUGACGUGGCAGAGGAGAUUAAGAAAGUCAUAGAAAGCGUUUUGUACACCGAAACGAAUGAAAAUGCGUUGACUGGUCUUGGCCCACAAAAUGUCGUCUGGUACAUUGCUAUCUUUUUUACUUUACUUUCGUUAUUGGAAGUGGGAAUCUUCCCGAAUUAUGGGAUGGUAUGGGUGUGGACGAUAAUUACCAGUUUCCUUUGUUGGCUUUCUUAUUGGAGAUGUGAUUGGAAAGAUGAUGUCACACAGUGGUGUAAAGAUCGUGUCUGGAAUCAUUUGAAAACAAUUUCAAAUAACAUUUUGAAGAACACAGAAAAGAGUUCUUCACUUCCAACAUCAACUGAGACCCCCAAUGAACAAAUGUUUUUUGAAAUUGUUAUUCACGUUGUUAUUCGGUGGUGUGUGAUUUUCACUGUUGGGAUUGUCUCAUGCGCUUUGACGUUUUUGAUGGGAGCCACGUUACAGAUCUAUUUGAGUCUCUUUUUAGCAGCAAGUAUUUUGGUGAUAUGUCUUGCUUUGAUGUUUAAGCGAACUCGAAAGUUGUUCCUCUAUCUCAUUCUCUUUGUAUUUUUAUCGGGGGCUUUGACUUUGCUUACUCUUGUAUUAGUCCAACCAUCUUAUUCAUGUGUGUUAUCAAGUCGUAGUGUGACACCAUCAAAACCAUACAUUUUUGUGAUAGAACAACCUCCUUGGAAUUGUAUGAGUCCAUCUCUUCACACAAACGAGUCUUCACUCUUUAUGGAUUACCGGCAACCAUAUGCUUUAAGAGCUGAUCACUUCAAUGGAAAAAUCGCCAGUGUGAAACUGCAAUGUAAAAAUGGGGUGUCUUUCGAGUGUGGAAAUGUCUUAUUGGAGCCAUAA